AAAAUGAAGUUGAUGUCAAUACCUCUGCUUUUCAAUUUGCUUCUCCACUGCACAACACAGACAUCAGGUGUCAAAAUCGAGGCCAGUCAUGCUGUUAACACUGAGGGAAUUUUAGAAACAAAGCUGGAUGAGACAGUGUCUCUGGUCUGCAAGUAUGAGGACGAGCCUGACGAGGAACUGGUCUGGAAGAGGAAUGAUGCUCUGGUCAGCCUAAAGGACGAAAAUAAGAAGGGUCUCAGCAGAGUUUGUAUCACACCCAUCGACUAUGAGGACAAUGAGGUCACGUUCACCUGCCAGCUGGGAAAGAAUUCUACAGUUAGAGCCUUUGUCACCUUGAAUGUCACAUAUCCACCAUCGUUGUCUGGAUCAGAGGAUGUUUCAGUGGAAGAAGAGUCUGUUUUCGCUCUGCAGUGUGAUAUCGGGGCCAAUCCGCCAGUCACAUCUGUGACAUGGGAAAUGAAUGGAACUGCGGUAGAUGUGUUAGCAGGUGGUUUCACAAUAUCCACCGGAGCCUUUACAAGCAGACUAACCGCCGACAGCACUGAGAAAAACCUGCAUGAAAACACAUAUCAGUGCUCUGCUGUUUCUCCAAUGUAUGGAACUCACAGCAAGGUGUUUCAUGUUACUGUAACAGCAAAGACCAUGAAGUUUCCAUUGAUGCCCAUGAUAGCAGGACUGGUGGUGGUUUGCCUCACUACGCUCCUUGCCAUUGUUUCACGUUGGAAGAAAAUCACAAAGUGCUGCAAGUGA